AUGCUUGGAAUGUGUACUUACGUGGCGUAUCAGAUGUUUGGGUCACACCAUCGACGUUAUGCAACCGAAAACUCUCCCACGCUACUGCCAUUCCGAGGAGCAGCCUUCACCCGUCCGCGGAUGUAAAAGAUCAGAGGCGCCUCCCGUCCCCACACUCGAAGUCCAUCGGUUUAGCAGCGUGGUUCCUCAACGUUGUCAUCAGAGCUCUUCCCAACCGACCGCCAACCAUGAAGUUCGCAGCGGCGCUGAUGCUGAUGCUGCCCCUCAUCGCCUCUGGCCGAGUUCCUCUGGCCAAGACUGAGGAGGAGGGCGACAUCUGGGUUGUUCUGGUCGCUGGUUCCGAUGGGUGGUACAACUACCGCCACCAGUCGGACAUUUGCCACGCCUACCAGCUCCUGAGUGCCAAUGGCAUCCCUGACGACCACAUCGUCGUGAUGAUGGUCGACGACAUCGCUAACAAUCGCCAGAACCCCUAUCCGGGUAAGAUUAUCAACCACCCAACCGGUGAUGACGUAUAUGCCGGCGUCCCUAAGGAUUACACUGGACGUCAGGUGACCGUCGAAAACUUCUUCAAGGUCCUCAGGGGUGAUUCCAAGGGACUCGAGGGCGUCGGCUCUGGAAAGGUCAUCAACAGUGGCCCCAAUGACAGGAUCUUCAUCAACAUGGACGACCACGGCUCCCCAGGUCUCUUCUGCUUCCCUUACGAGAACAUGAUGGCCAAUGACUUCGCCAACCUCGUCAUGGAGCUGAAAGAAAACAACAAAUUCAAAGAGAUGAUGGUAUAUAUGGAAUCCUGCUACUCCGGGUCCAUGUUCCAAGACCUCUUCCCCGAGGACAGCGGAUUUUAUGCUCUCUCUGCUGCCAACCCUCACGAAAGCUCCUAUGCUGCUUACUGCAGUGGUCCUCUCAACACCUGCUUGGGUGACCUCUUCAGCGUCAGCUGGAUGGAAGAUGUUGAAUCCAAAGACCCUAACAGUGAACUUCUGAAGGAGAACUUUGAGAUCACAAGAGACUUGACUUACUAUUCCGACGUCAUGCAGUGGGGACAGACAUCCGUUGAGAAUGAAGUAGUCGCCGCUUUCAUGGGUGGCAAGAAUUCCAACACCUCACCCGCCAAGAAAUACUCUGUCGAAGAACGCAAGGCCUCCGCCAUCCCCAGCCAAGAUGUGCCUCUGGUCUCCUUGCAAAACCGACUGAAGGCCGCCAAGACUCUAGAGGAGAAGGCGCAUCUGGAGAGCGAAAUCACAGCUCUGGAAAACAGACGAUCCCUUGUGAAGCGCGUCAUGGAGAAGAUCGCAAUGAAAGUCUCCGGAGAUGAAAAAUUAGUGCGCGACCUUAUGACAGAGAAGCAAGAGAAGAUCACCGCCUGGGACUGUUAUGGCAAGGCAGUCGAUGCCUUCCACAAGAACUGCUUCACUCUCGGACAGAGCACUUUUGCCCUGACGGUCGUCCCAACACUGCUCAACAUGUGCCAGGCCGGAUACAGCUCUGAUGCCAUCGUUGAGGCAACCAAGAACGCCUGCGUCUUCCCAACAAUGCACAAUGCUUACUAACUAUCUUUAGAUGACUAACAGCAUUUAUAUUCGAUUAGCAUAAAGUACAUUCAAAAGAAUCCAA